CACCUUCACCUUCAUACACAUCAUACGCACUCCCGACUCCAGUUCUCAUGUUCACUUCCAGAACCUUUAUUCUCCCUCUUCGCGUCCGCUCCAUUCCAUCUCUUCCAAUUUUAUCGUCUUAACCGCCUACUCCUGUUGUGAACAUUACUGCCCUUUCUUUUUUCGUUCUUCGCCGUUAUCCCGCAUGUCUGCAGGGCGCGUUAUUGUGCCUCUGCGUCGGGGCUCCGAUGGCGAUCCCACUCAUCGACCGGACAAGCCCACGUUCACUCAGGCGGACCCCAGAAACUACCUCGAAAAACUGGCAACGUUGUGGAUGCAGGCUCGAGGAGAAAGGCUCCCUGGCAUCAGCUAUGUUCUCGAGCGUCUCCCCGAAGGUUAUGCCGUGUUCGGACGACCACGACCUGGUGAACCUAGUCACGUCGACUUCUAUCUCUAUGGGCACCCCGAGCACAAGAAAUUCGAUUCACCGAACCGGUUCUAUCCGCAUUUCGAACAUCUCAUGAAUCACGGAACUAACAUCGGAUGCCCCUGUACUGUUUGCAAUGGUACGACAAGACUUCCUAUUAACGGCUCUCCAGCAGCUUCAAGGACAGGGACCUCAGGCUUGCAACCUAGCGGGCCUUCUCGGCCGGGGAAAAGCAAACUGAAACCCACUCCAGGUCUGGACGUCAGCCGGGUUGAUGAACAGGGCAAUCCGGACGUAUACCGGCAAUUCAUUGAUAAACUGGAGCGUGAACACUCCCUAGACGAAGCCAUCACCGAGCCAUUGAGUAUGGAUUGGCGAGCGGAGCAAGAGUGUCUGCCCAAGAUGCUAGAAAAAGUGAAGGACGAUCCGCAAUACCUGCCUCGCGCCGGAGAGAUAGUCCUGUUCGUACGUGAACUGCCGAAGCACACUACUAUCGUCCGAAACCCUAAGACCGGGCACUUCCAGCUCUAUGACCAGGCCAACAAGGCCUUCAUCGGCAACCCUCAGUGGCAGGCAGGUCUAGUGGGACAGACACCUGUCGAGCAGACUGUCAUCGACGACUUGGUGGAGGAGGGAGGUUCGGAGAAGCAGUGGAACGUGGCCUACAGUGGCGUCAGGGUGGAGCCUCUGCCUAAUCUCAACAGCCCUGACAAGAGUCUGUCAAAGCACCACAGAUACGUGCCGCUCCACUACACGAGGCCGUUUAUACUAUGGAAAGACUAUCUUGCCAGCAUCCCAGAGGAAGAAUGGCAUCCAACUAUCCAUAACGCGAUCACGGCCGCGGCAACCAUGUCUCUGAUUGGCAAAUACCGCUUCAGGGGAACAUGGCCUGAGGCGUGGAUCUAUUGCCACGGUAUCUUCAUCGGACAUGAGAUGCUUGCCGUCGGAGAUGCUGCGAGAGUGCGUCCUAGGGACCCGGAUUCUCUAUGUACAGACGUCAUGAUCAUCUCCAGUAUCCGACUCAAGCUCACGAACUUGGAUCUAGCCUCGGGAAAUGAUUAUGACGAGAUGCGCCCUUAUAAUAUUGAAGCCUUCAUCUUCGGCAAGGCAUACACAACCGAGCCGUCGCGAUCCUUGAAGGAGUGGCUCUCUUUCAACGACGAAGACGAUUGCCCUGAGAUUAUUCGCAGAUAUAGCGCCCACCACCCACUACAUCCUCCUGGAAAGGAAAUGAUGAUACCGUUUCCGAGGGUCCUGGGCAGAGUCUACGAUGUAGACUCAAUGCGCCUUUGGCUGCAGCCUUCUGAUUCGGAGGGAGUCAAUAUUGUUCCCCUUCUCGACGCUGGUAGACAAGGCGUCCUGGAAGCUCGCGACUUCGCAAGAAAGCAUGAUCGGCGAAUCGCGGAGUCACCGGGUUCCAGUUGGUGGUGGGCCGACAGCCGGGCAGAAGCUCUGGACCUGCACACGGUCAAUGGGCACGAGGUCAGCAAGUACGACACGGAGCGCAAACCCAAGGAAUGGCGCAGUCAGAUCAAGGCCAUACUCGAGGCGGAGGGAGAGCGGGACCGCGUGGAGCAGAGGGAGGCGCUACAGGGGCAGCGCAGUCUGAGAGCAUUUAAGGCGGGCCCAUUACAACUACAGCCGACUCGGGAUCACAACAUGACAGUCGGUGGUCUCUCGACAGCAGGUCCCAGCAGCGCGUCUGGUAGCUCGAGCUCGAAGAGGCCUAGCAAUGUGAUGGAUCUUAGUGGCGAGGACGACGAAGAGGAAGACUCGAGACACAGAGAGUACUCGGUCGUCAGCCCGAGGGAUGAGCAGAAGAUGAAGAAGUCAAGGAUUGCGGUCGUUAUCAACCCGCGGAACACUUGAGGAAAGGUCAUGGACAUGACA